AAGCCAAACCACCCUACCCCAACCCUAUGGCCUAUACCUACCCACAUCCCCUCUCCUAGUAAUAUACCGACUUUGAUCAUCUACUUCUCAUCUCCUAUAAAUUCUUCCCUCUGUCAAACCACACCACAUGCAUAUUAAUCUAUCAUGGCACAAUCGUCGAAGAAGUUCAGAGGUGUCAGGCAAAGGCAAUGGGGGUCUUGGGUAUCUGAGAUCAGACACCCACUCUUGAAGAGAAGGAUUUGGCUAGGAACAUUUGAGACGGCGGAGGCAGCAGCCAGGGCAUAUGACCAAGCAGCCAUUUUGAUGAACGGCCAAAGCGCAAAGACAAAUUUUCCGGCGACCAACAAGAACGUUUCCGGCAACGUUCACCACUCUCCGUCAUCACGCCAGACAGAGAUUCCGGCAGCCACACUUGCUGCCAAACUACGUAAAUGCUGCAAGGAUCCAUCGCCUUCACUCACAUGUCUACGUCUUGAUAGUGAUAAUUCACAUAUUGGAGUAUGGCAGAAACGCCCUGGAAAAGGGUCAGGUUCAGGUUGGGUGAUGAAGGUGGAGUUUGGUGGCAAGAGAAAAGAUCAAGGGAUGGUGGAGGAAACAAUAUCUCCAGUGGUGGCAGUGGUGGAGGACGACGGUGCUUCAGGUGAUCAUGACAUAGAUGAAGAAAAUAGGGUGGUCAUGCAGAUGAUAGAAGACUUGCUAAACUGGAAUUCCACUCCACCUUCACUUUGUAUAGUCAACAAUUAGCAAGAAACAAACUUUUCUAUGGAUUUACAAAGAAAAUCCCUCCUUUUCUUGAGAUGAAUAAUUUUUCUUGAAUAUGUAAAAAGAAUAAUAUAGAAAAUCCUACGGGAUACUUUGAAGGUAUAGACGACAUCAAUUCCUUCACAAAAAAACAGUUAUCCGUUGGUAAACCUAGCUAGCUACUCACGAAUCAUGAUGUUGAGAGAUUUACCAAUGUACCUUGUAAAAAGAUGUAAUUUUAAUUGUAAAAGAUGUUGUUAGUGUUUCACAAAAUAAGCCUAUAAGCUUUUAUCAUGAAGUACAAAAGGCUACAUUGAUCUUUACCAAAUUAU